AUGAACUCCGGGAACCAGACGACAGUUUCCAGGUUUAUCCUGCUGGGGUUUCAGAAUCUCCAUCACUACAGGAGUCUCCUUUUUCUGUUCUUUCUUCUUGUCUUUUUGGCCAUCAUUUUUGGUAACCUUCUCAUCAUCGUCUUGGUUUCAGUCAAUGAGAAUCUUAACUCCCCCAUGUAUUUCUUCCUAUGUCAUCUCUCAUCAUGUGACCUUCUUCUCUCCACAGUCAUUGUCCCUUUGAUGCUCCAUAUUUUAGCAAAAGAUGGUGGAUCGGUAUCAUUUUUCGGAUGCUACAUCCAAUUUUACCUCUUUGGAGCAUUGGCCACAACAGAAUGUCUUCUUCUGUCAGUGAUGUCCUAUGACCGGUACGUGGCCAUAUCCAACCCCCUGCGUUACUCUUCCAUUAUGAACUUUCAGAGGUGCCUCCAUCUUGUUUUCUGGUGCUGGACCAUAGCAUUUUCCGUCAUGUUCAAUACGGCAUUUCAAUUGUUCAAGUUGGAUUUUUGUGGAUCCAACAUAAUCGAUCAUUUCUUCUGUGACCUGGCCCCGCUCCUUCAGCUUUCCUGCUCAGAUACAUCCUUUGUAGAGUUACAGAACCUUUUGACUGGUGUCCCGGCAACUUUUUUUCCUCUAAUAUAUAUCACCGGGACUUAUAUGUCUAUUUUUGUCACCAUACUAAAAAUCCCUACAACCAUUGGUAGACAGAAAGCCUUCCUCACCUGCAGCUCGCACCUGACGGUGGUGUGUCUAUAUUAUGGGACGCUCAUUGUUGCCUAUCUGCUCCUAUCUAAAGAUCAGUCUUUGAGUAUUAACAAGAUUCUGUCUUUACUCUACACCAUGAUGACCCCAUUGGUCAAUCCUAUUAUUUACAGCCUCCGGAACCGGGAGAUAAAAAUGGCAUUUUCCAAAUUAGUUACUUUAGACAGAAGAAUCUUCCAAAAAAGUUUAAAAAAUGUCCACGAUCUAGAGUAG